AUGCCUUUGAUAAAAGCGGAAUCUCUGAAAGUAGGAACAUUGAGAGAACUGCUACGGGAGAGAGAUUUAUCGACAAAAGGAACAAAAGCCGAGUUAGUAACACGACUUAUUGAAGGCGCUGGCACCGACGAAUUCGAUAUCGAAGACGAAAGCAAUGAGCUCAAAUUGCUCCGAGAUGUCGUGAGCUCGCUUGCAGCCACAGUCGAGAGCCUUUCAAAGAAAAUUGAUAGCAAAUCGGAGAAGCACAACUCGGAUAUCCCUAAGAAAAUCGUCUCCGACGAUCAUUUCAAUCAUUCUCAUUCAAUCAGAGAUAUCGUUGAACUUCUUCCUGAUUUUGAACCGACAAAAACUUCGUCAUUAACCGCCAAAGCGUUUAUUCAACGAGUCCGACAGCUAGCCACAGCAUACAACUGGAACGAAGCCGCUGUGGUAUUUGCAGUACAAACGAAACUCAACGGUCCGGCGAAAUUGUGGUUCGACUCUUGUGGAUUAAUAUUCGAAAACUUAAAAGAUUUUGCCGAAGCAUUAGAGAGCGAAUUUCCCCAUGUGGAGAACGAAGCCGACAUUCAUUUUCGUAUGAGUUCGUAUAUACGAAAACCGACAGAACCAGUCAUCGACUUUUUCUACCGAGUUUACGCCGAGGGAAGAAAAGGACAAACAUCGGAUGCCGCUAUCAUCCAGUAUAUCCGACGUGGGCUGAAUCAUGGCCCUCUUCAAAAUGCCAUCGCUCCAUUAAAUUUUCAAACAACGAACGAAUUGUUAGACGCGGUAAACCGAUUUUUAGCGAACCGUCAAAGUUUGCCAGAGGCAUCGCAACGAAAACCGGAAAACGACGGACAUUUCGAACCGAUUAAAAAACUGACAGCUACCCCAGUGAAAAACGCGAACCGUGUUUGUUAUAAUUGUUUUAAGCCGGGACAUAUUUCGGUGAAUUGCCCUCAGCCGCAGCGACUUGAACGAUGUGCAAAGUGUUCAAAGACAGGACAUACAACUGAAUUUUGUAAAAGUGUCUUGCCCGCGAGUCGCAAUAUUAAUCAAGUGGUAUCGGACGGAGUGCCAGAUCAAGUGUCUCGGGAAACCGGUCGCAUCACGAAAAACAUUCUAUUAGACGAUAUGGUCGUCGAUGCCUUUAUUGACCCGGGCAGUGACAGAACUCUAGUGCGCGAAUCAGUUGCAAGAAACUCAACACCGUGUGACCCCAUCAUUCUUAACGGAUUUGCGGGUGGUUCGUUCGUUUGUGAUAAAAAAAUAAAUGCGGUGAUUACCAUAGACGAGUGCGUUGUCAACGCUGUUAUUUACGUUGUGAAUGACAAUCUAAUUCCUAACGCGCUACUACUAGGUUCUGACGUAUUACUGAGUAAAAACCGUCGAAUGAUUAUCGAUUCCGAUGGAUGCCGUUUCGAAACUAUUAAGCGGUUAAAUAUUAAACCUGAAACAGAAUUGUCAAGCAACGAAAAACGACAGUUUAACGAAAUGAUUACGGAAUUUCGACAGUGCUUUGCCGAAACAAUACCUGAAAUGGGAAGGUGUCAAACGAAGCAGAUGGAUAUUCAACUGAUACACGAUAAACCAAUCCAAAGCCGCGCAUACCGUAUCCCGUUAGCGAAACGUCAAGUGGUGGACCGUAUCGUACAGGAACUUCUAGAUAAUGAAAUUAUUCGUCACAGCAACUCGACUUACUCUUCACCCAUCGUAUUGGUGAAAAAACAGAAUGGUGAAGACAGAUUGUGCGUCGACUAUCGAGCGAUUAAUGAAGCAACAAGAAAACGCCCGUAUCCUAUGCCAACUGUCGAUGAGAUCAUGUCUCAAAUUGCUGACAGUACCUACUUCAUAACAUUGGAUCUAUUUUCUGGCUACUAUCAAAUAGAACUCACUGAAAGCUCAAAGCAAUAUACAGCUUUCAUAACUCAUAACGGCCAAUAUGAGUUUAAUGUUAUGCCGUUCGGUUUGGUUAAUGCUCCAAUGGAGUUUCAGAGUGUUAUAAGCGGAAUCAUCAGACAAAUGAAAUCGAAACGUGUGAUCAACUACAUCGACGAGGUUACUCGUAUAAUUGGUUGCCGAGAUAUUGCUGAAGGAAUGGAUCUUCUGAGAGAAUUAUUGACUAUCCUGAAAAACGAAGGCUUAACCCUACGACCAUCGAAGUGUACAUUCUUCGCUCGAAAAAUAUAA